AUGAUGAUGAUUACCGGCAUUUUGAGAGCUGUGGAUGUUCCUCCAAAGGAAGCGCAAGCAAUCUAUCUUCCAACCACUGCUGGAACAUUUCGACGUGGUCCUACUAUCCAAAAUGACAAAAGUGGACAAUUUUUCACGGUGACCGGACAGUGUGGAAAAAUGUUCCUUAAGACUACAGAUAUCGGACACGAUGCAUCGCAAAUCUCUCAGAGUGUUGACUUAUCCUUGGAAUGCUAUCCACAUCCACAGAGAGUUGUGAUUCAAGAUGACGCUAGCAUAACUGUUGUCAGUCCUGGCCCAAACAAGGUUGAAGCUAAUAAAUGCCAAGGACUUCAGAAUUGUGGCGAUAAGCCGAACAUUCAAUCAGUUCCCUUUGUGAUAGGCAAAGCCAAUAUGCCAACAUCUAUUGAGAAAAGUCUGAAUGACGAGUUCAAUGUCUGUCCUGCCUCUGCCACUAGCAACUUUUUGUUCACCAACGAAAUGGGAUGCCAGAAUCCAUCCGGCGGAAUUCCUGACCAUCUAAAUCCUUCCAGCACAGGAACAUACCGCACGUUCCCAAGAUGGAAAACGAAUGAGGAUGGAUUCUUUGACCUUCUUCGUCCGUUUAUGUAUCAAGGAAAAGGACAGAAAAAAGAGCAAUUAUUCGAGCGGACCAACUCUUUUCUCACUUUCAAAAACGGCGACGAUCUGAAGGCAAGUCAUAAAUGGCAUUCGUGUAAGGGUCUUUGUGAUCGUGGAAACAUCAUCAAAUACCAUAUGAAACAAGCAUCCUGGAAGACUACAAUCUACUUGACAGGAGGGUCGAAAGGAUUCAAAAUGAACAAUNAACCUGAGGAUCAUAAUAACGAUGAUGUCGCACCAAAGUGUCGUGAGAAGUUCGAAUUGUACCGUGGAAUGUACAAACGUUAUGGCUGCGAUGCUUCUGGAACAACUGGAGGAAUCACUGGAGUUGGCUUCGGGAACACGACAACUGGAGCGAUUACUGUAGGUGGAACCACUGGAGGCGGAGGUACAACAGCCGGAACAACUGGAACUACCGGAACUAACAGUGGAAUGACUACUAAAGGAACCACAUCGGGUGGGACCAGGGGAAGUAUGACGUCAACUAGUGGAGCCAGCACAAUUGCAAUGUGA